AUGUCCCGCUUGGUGAACAGCCUGCGGCCUCUUCGCUACUUGCAAGACGCUUCGGCGGCUGCCGCACGAUCCGCUCGUCAACCGACCUCGUUCCAAGUCUUCCGUGACGUGCCUGAACUUCACCAAUUGCGUCGGAAAUUAGUUCAAAAUGAUCGCACUAUCGGAUUCGUGCCCACGAUGGGUGCCCUUCAUGAAGGCCACCUGUCGUUGAUUCAAGAGGCCGCGCGAGAGAACACUGACGUCUUCGUCAGUAUCUACGUCAACCCGACUCAAUUUGGCGUCAACGAAGACCUUUCAAGCUAUCCUCGCACUUGGGAUGGUGACGUCAAGAAAUUGGAGAAGCUCAAUGAAGAGCUCGGCAAUUUGGGUGCCGGCACGGGACGGAUUACUGCCAUCUUCGCCCCGACCUCGAAGGUCAUGUACCCUACAUUGCCACCUUCGUCGGAAAUCGACGGCCACGGCUCAUUCGUCGACAUCACCCCUCUUGCGAGAAAUCUUGAAGGUGUCUCCCACCCGGUAUUCUUCCGCGGCGUUGCGACAAUCUGCAUGAAGAAAUUCAAUAUGACCACGCCCGAUCGUGUCUACUUCGGCCAGAAGGAUGUGUAA